AUGGAAACUGGCGCACAGGAGGAGAAAAAGCAAGCUGACAUGCAGCCAGUUGCAGCCAAAUUACCACUGAGCCACAGAACACCGUUUUCUGUGGAGGAUAUUUUGGAUCCCACAAAAUUUACAAGAAAAAACAUCUGUACAGAAGAUUCUGCAGCUACAGGAUCUUCACACAGAGAUGAGCUCAGAGAGAAACAGCAUCCUCCAUCAGGUGGAGGCUGCAGCCCAGAGGAGAAGCUUCAGGGGUCAAAGGCCAAAAGCCGACGGGUCCGCACCGCCUUCUCUCUAAGGCAGCUGCAGAUCCUGGAGCACAGCUUCCAGAGGUGCCACUACCUGUCUGUGCUGGAGCGCCACACCAUCGCCUCGGCCCUCUGCCUCUCCGAAACUCAGGUGAAGAUCUGGUUUCAGAACAGACGCACCAAAUGGAAGAAGGAGCGUCUCCCAGGGAGGGAGGUGGAGGAGGAGCAGCAGCUGCACGGCUUCACGUCACUUCCUGCCGUCUGCUCGUCUCUGACCUACAGUCCUCUUUACUGCCAGCAGCGCACGCCGCUCCAGCUGUUUGCACCUCUGCCGCUGGUGCCUCAUCAUCAUUAUUACACAUGA